AUGGCUCGUGCUUCUGGUAUUGUGUUGAUCCUAUUGGUCGUCAUCUCCGCUUCGUUUUUCUCCAACACGGAGGCGAGGAAGCUGCUAUCGACGAGCGGCGGCGACGGCGGGGGUGGAGCAAUCAGCGUAAGAGCUCUGCUCCAGAGCUUGCUUCUCAGGGCCCUUCCGAAGGGCACUUCUCCGAGCAAGAAGGGUCAAUCGACAAAGACGUUGGAUAAUGUGGAGCGGUUUCAGAGGCAUAUUGCUCGUAUGGAUCGGAUCCUGGGCUCUGUUCCCAGCCCCGGCGUUGGACAUUAA